UCUCAGUUUAGUUCAGAACACACUCUCGGCUUCAUUGGCAGCACACACAAAAAGCAACAAAAAAUAACAACAAUAAAAUUAAAUUAAAGAAAAUUAUAAUUUGGAUAUGCCCGCCAUUCGCGAAUUGAACUACGAGCAGCGUCAGACCCUGCAGCAAUGGCUGCAGAAAUAUCAGGUGGCGCUGGACCAUCGCACACGCACCCAGCUGAGCGACGCUUUCGCGGUGGCGAAGCUCUUCGAGCAGGUGCAUCCCGGCCUCAUCGACUUCAGGGGCUAUGUGUCGCGCAGCAGCCUGGCGCUGAAGAAACUUAAUUGGCAUAUAUUCAAUUUGCGGACAUUGAAGCCCAUGAAUAUGGGCCUCAGCCAACGGGAGCUGCUUGGGCUGGCACGCGGCAAUGGCUGGGCCCUCGAGACGCUGCUCUACAAGCUGAUGAAAACCGAUGAUGUGGCAACGCGAGCCGAGGGCGGACAGGAGGCGGCACAGAGUGGCGACAUAGCCGACUAAAGGAGAGCGACAGAAUUGCUGCGAAAAUUAAUUCACAUUGGUAAAAUGUUUCUUUCGGCUUUGAAAAUUAAUAGAAAUAUUUAAAUCGUUUUAAUCUGAAAAACUGGCAAAAUGAGAUGGAAAGUGCACACGCGAUUGGCCCCUUGGCCAACUCAAUUCGCAGCAAAGGCAGCACAGCAAGUCUCCCAGCAAAGACAAUCCAAGGAGAGUGCAGAACAUGUGCCACAUGAUUGGGAAUGGUGGAUGGAUGUUGCUGCUGUUGCUGCUGCUGCUGAAAAUGUCAUCAGUGCGCGUGUUGUUGCUGUUGCUGUGGCUGUGGCUGUUGUUGCAGUCAAUUGCAUUGCAACAUUUCAUUUUCUGAUAUGAAAGAUUUAAAGUUUGCAACAUAAAAAUGUCACGUUUUUCAUGGUCGCCACAAGACCGACAACC